GGGUCCCGCUCGGCUGCCGUACGAGCGGCAGUGCGUCAGCGUCACGUGACCGGAAGUACCGGGAAGCGCCGGGGGCGGCCGGGCGGAGGGGCUGGCGGGCGGCAGGGCCGGAGCCGGGCCCCGCUGAAUCUGAUGCUCACAAACUGAGCUCUCUCCAGCUGCCAAGAUGGUAAUAAACGUCUGUCUCCCACAGUUCAAGCCAAGGAUUCACUGCAACAAGAUUUCUGCUGAUGGUUACGAAGUGGAGAAUCUCAUCUCGGAAGACCUGGCCAGGAGAAACCGGGGCUUCCGCAGUGAAUACUUCAUCAAACCUCCGGUCCACGUCACCAUCUCUUUCCCCUUCAACAUUGAGAUCUGCAGGAUCAAUAUCGACGUCUCAUCCGGGGGAUACCAAACCUUCUCUGGGCUCGAAGUUUACACCUCUACCUCAUGCAAUAAAACCUCUUGGCAGAGCCCUGAGGGUCAGUUCUCAGGUCUGGCCAGUCAGCCCCUGUCAGACAAAGACACUUUCACACUGGUGGGCAAAGCUGUCUUAAAAAAUCAAAGCAAAGUGACAUUUGGCCAUAGAGGCUUCAAGCCAAGGCCUCCCUUCCAUCAGGUGGAAAAUGUCUUGUCCUACCCCGGCUCUGCCUCUCAAGACCUCUGGAACAAAGGGCCCUCCUCGCUGAGCAAUGUGUCCCACUUGAGGAUCUGCAUCACCCAUGUGGCUGGGGGCGGCCUGCCUUGCAUUAAGAGGCUGGAGGUGUGGGGCCAGCCUGCCAAAUCCUGCCCGCAGGAGGUGAUCGAGGGUGUCUUUCAGGUGGCCUCCCAGUUCUUCACCCAGGAGGUUGGUCACGUCAAGCCAGAGCUCUGGACGCCAAUGGAGAGCGACUGCGUGCCCUUCAGUGCCAACGACAGCGAACAGCAGACCCUCCGCAAGCUGGUGGAUGUGGUCCAAGACAUCCCUGAGGAAUUCCUGGACCCCAUCACCCUGGAGAUCAUGACCUUGCCCAUGCUCCUGCCCUCAGGGAAGGUGAUCGACCAGACCACCUUGGAGAAGUGCAACCGGAGCGAAGCAUCCUGGGGCAGGGUCCCCAGUGAUCCUUUCACUGGGGUGGCCUUCAGCCAGCACUCACAGCCCCUACCUCACCCUACCCUCAAGGCUAGGAUAGACCAUUUCCUCUUGCAGCACAGCAUUCCUGGCACCAACCUGCUGGGGAGGGCUCAUGCCUCGGAAAUGCUCGUCCCUUCUUCCAUAACAAUGUCUUCUCUGAAGAGGAAAAUGGACUGCAUGGAUCCGAGCUCUGUGCAGCCACCUUAUUUUUCCUCUACAAACUUACUUGUCACGUCUACCUCAGAGAACAGUGCUAAAAAAAUGAAACCUGACAGUGACUCACAUUUGAUCCACAUGGACUGUUCCACAGGUACCGGGGCUCCCCAAGUCCCCUUGUGUUCCUUGAAUGCCUUGAGAGCCUGGGGCCAGGUUUUCAAGUCAAGAGGCUCCACUACAGUCCCAUCCCACCUCUUCAAAGCUUUAAGGCCGUUGUGUUUUGCUGCUGAUAGAUGCCAUGGGAGUCAGGUCAUCAUCUCAUUCACCUCUCCUCAGCACAACCUGCCAUGCUGGAUGCUGUUUGCUCCCAUUCUCUUUCACCUUUUCUCGCCUCUAGGCUCCUUGUUCUCGUUGUGUUACCUGUGCAGUCUCCUUCCCAGCCCUCGUGUUUGCUCAGGUCACCUUGUUCCCCUUUUAGUUUGUGUUUCCUCCUUCCUCCUCCUUGCUUUCAAGCCACUGUCUAUGUGGAGACAACAUUUUUCUCACAGUGUGCUGGUUUAAAGUCUCUUUAUCGUGGGUGAUUUAUUACCUUACCCAUCAAUGUGUUCUAGCAUCAGCAAGAAGGUAUCCACAGCAGAAGCGUCUGGUGGUGCAGCAGUGAUGGCACAGGGAGGGUCCUGACUGGUGUGGGUCUUCUCCUGAGGACUGAGAUGGGGAGGAAGGCAGGAAUGAGGCACUAAUUCUGCUCAUGGAUUUCCCUGGCCAUACUCUUGGUGCAGCUGAUUCCCUGCAGUGUCCCUGCACAGGUUGUGUCCCCAGGGACGUGCUGGCUCCUUCCCUUCUCACAGGGCUGCUCCUGCUGGGGCAGAGGCUGAGGCUGGGGAGCGUGUGGCUGUGCUGCCUCCAGUCUGCCCUGUCCAUAGUGCAGCAGUGCAGGGGCUUGGAACUAACAGCAGCAAGGGAAUUGCUCCUUCAGAGCAAGGAGGAGGCAGCCCAGGUUGGGAGAGGCUUGCAGUCAAAGCAGAAAACCAUUAGAGACGUUAGACCAGACUUGUGUCUCCAGGGGAAGGAAAUGGGUCCUGCUUUCCUUUUAUCCUUGUUUUUCUCCGCAGUGCAGUAACAGCAUCCCUGGGCAUAAGCUCCCAGAGGCAGAAAACCAGUGCAGACCUGCAUCUCCCAGAUAAAUUCCCUGGAAAGCUGAGUGUUUCCACUCAUCCCCAGCCAUGCCACAGCUUUCAGACCAGGCAGGCAAGGCAGCGUUACGGCAGCACAGACAGACCUAUGAAUCCACGGAGCACUGGGAGUGUAGGAUGCUCCUUGUAGGUCCAGCAGCAUUCAAGUGCAGGACUGCUGAGGAGGAAUCAAGAAAGCCAGGGUGAUCUGUGGGGUAAAUACCAAGGAGAUUCCCACCUCUCAUCCCAAAAUCUAUUGGCUUUUUGUGCUCUAUUCCCUAAUGACCAGAACCUUCAUCCCACGAUGAAGGGUGGCUCCCAGGGAGCUGCUGCUCCUCUUAACUCCACACUAGAUCUUUCUCCCCAGAUCCACAUCUAUUUUGCCAUGUUUGCUUUCUCCCUUGUUGGCACAGGGAUUCCUGGAAUCUAUUGGAGUUGCUGGCAGUGCAGCUGUUAAUAUCCAUGUAACUACUGCACACAGCAAGGCUUAAACCUUCUCUCUGGUGUCUUAAACUGAGUUACAGCUUUAGGUUAAUGGUCACACUGUAGGAACAAGGUAAACUUAAAUGGGAAUUAAGAUAGGAAGGAGAUGUCUUUAGCAAUCUUGUAUUUAGAGGAGCUUGGAGGGAACAAGUGUCUGUGAGGUUUCUGUCACCUAAGGGCUGUCUCUCAAGGCAGGUAAGGCAAGUUUUCUUGUGUUCUCCAAUCUGGAGGUCUCAAACAUGUCAAAAGGUGGCCUCAUUCCUGCUGGAACCUGUCCCCUCCUUCACCUUGCUCCCCAAAAUGUUUAUAGGAAGAAACUCUGUUUGAUUUUAAACAAAAGUCUUUAAAGACCUGAUUGAAAAUAACUGAUGUUUGUGGCCCCAGAAUGAAUAGGAAGAAGCCAGACUGCACGUUUCCACUCUGAUCCCUCACUCUCGUUCAGUGCUUUAGGAGGACCCAUCAGUUAUUUUCCCUGCAGAGAUGUGUAACGGCUCCCGCUGGGGAUGUGCCCCAGCCCCAUAGGAGCAGGGAAUGCCCUGUGGGGUCCUGGAGCUCCCGAGGGAGCCGUGCCCAUCCGUAAACAAAAGCACAUUGCUCAGAGCAUGCUCCAGUGUUUCAUCAGCCUUGAUUGCUGUGGCACAUGUGCAGCACUAAUUCAAAGCUCUUCCUUGGGGAGAUGGAUGUAACGGGAUUAGCGAUGCAGACAGCAUCCUCUUAAUGCACAGCCUGAAUGAAUGCCUUCGGUGGGGCACAGCACAAACACUGCAGGGAAGGGUGCGACCCUGCACCUUUGGCUUCAUCCCUUGACUCAGAACUGAGACAGGAUAACAUCAGUGCCCCCAGCUGUUAGUAGUGUCUUCAAUGUUCCCAGUUAGCUGCAUGAAGCAAGGCUGGGAGCGCUGGGCUGGCUCGCUCAGUGGGGAAGGCUGAGGGCUCAGGAGCUGGUUUUGGGAUGAUUUGGGGUUUUGCCCGUUUUCAGACCUGCAGGUAGAAGCUGCCACCUGAAGGUUUGUUGGCACUGGGGCACGGCAUGGAUGGCUGACAGAGAUCUGUAGGACUUUUCAUCCUUAGGACACAAAGGAGAAGCACUACAUCCCCAUCCUGGCACCUCAGCAGGGAGAAGAGACCUCUUCAGAAAGCAAGUGGCAGGGCUCCUAAAAGCAUAGAAUCCCAGCCUG